AUGGUGGCGAAUAAUGCAAGAGCUGUCGCCUCUGCUCUCAUCCCGGUGGCGAACGUGCAGGCGCUCGCGGAGGCUUGCAAUGGGGUCGAUGGGCAGGUGCCCGAGAGGUACCUCGUCGCGGAGGCGGAGGAGGUCAUCGCCGGCGGUGGCGGAAGCCAUUCGGAGAUUCCGGUAGUGGAUCUCCGCAAGUUGCUUGACACGCGGUCGUCGGAGGAGUGCGCCAAGCUGAAAUCUGCAUGUCACCACUGGGGCUUCUUCCAGCUCAUCAACCAUGGAAUGCCAGAUGAUGUGAUUGGGAACCUGAUGCGUGACGUAGCUGAGUUCUUCGACCUGCCGCUGGAAGCCAAGAAGGAAUGGGCACAGCGCCCUGACAGCGUCCAAGGCUACGGCCAGGCCUUCGUCGUGUCGGAGGAUCAGAAGCUGGACUGGGCAGACAUGCUGCACCUUCAGCUCCAGCCGACUGACCGGGUGCUGGGCCUCUCGCCGCACACCGACGCGUCUGGCCUGACGCUGCUGCUGCAGAUGAACAACGACGUGCAGGGCCUGCAGGUCAAGAAGGAUGGCAGGUGGUUCGCCGUGGACGCCGUGGACGCCGCCUUCAUCGUCAAAGUCGGUGACGUGCUUGAGAUAAUGAGCAACGGAGAGUUCAGAAGCGUUGAGCAUAGGGCCGUGAUACACCCAAACAAGGAGCGGAUUUCGGUGGCGAUGUUUCACUGUCCUAGCCUGAAUCUGAAGCUUUUUCCUCUGCCGGAGUUCGUGAAGAAAGGCGAGAAAGUGCGGUAUAGAUCGACGAGCUACGAGGAUUUCUUGAAGCAGUAUUUUUCAGCAAAGCUUGAUGGAAGGGCGCGCUUAGAGAGGUUGAAGUUGGAGUAG